GUCCCUCCCAGGCGACGUCCGAUGGGUGUGUCAGGCAGGAGGUGAUAUUUGACGGGCUGCUGGCCGGCUGCUUCGGAGCCUGGUGCCAGGCAGGGUGCGAGCAUGGCCUCCCCCGACCCACCGGCCACCAGCCAUGCACCACCUGAUGUGCCCCCAGGGUUGGCCCUGUUCUUCACCAUCCCCUAUGCCUUCUUCCUGCCAGAGCUGGCAUCCGGGUGCUGGGUCUGGAUCCUGGUGGCCGCCACCCAAGUGGCAAACCCGCUGCUGCAAGGAUGGGUGAUCUAUGUCUCACUGACCUCGUUCCUCAUCUCCCUCAUGUUCCUGCUGUCUUACUUGUUCGGAUUUUACAAGAGAUUUGAGUCCUGGAGAGUCCUGGACAGCCUGUACCAUGGGACCACCGGCAUCCUGUACAUGAGUGCGGCUGUCCUGCAGGCCCAUGCCACCAUUGUUUCUGAGACCCAGGACCUAAACAACUACUUCAUAAACACUGCAGCCUCGUUCUUCGCCUUCAUCACCACCCUGCUCUACAUCCUCCACGCCUUCAGCAUCUAUUACCACUGAGGAACCAAGGAGUCCUGCCCUGUGCAAAAUGCUCCUUUAAAGCCUGGGUCAUUGGCUCCCAAAGGUCGUUUCAGCAUUUGCCAUCUGGAUGAUAAGUAGAUCAACAAAACGUCAGUGGGACUAACAGACCAUCUUUUCAGACUGAGUGAUGAAGUCACACUCUGCAUGUCCUCUUGGACAUUUUAAUCCAUUAUGAUGAAAAUGAAAAGGCUGUUAUUGUCUUUUGCCUGGGAAACCAACCAGCUCUUAGGAUUAUCUGACAAUGAAUGUAGCUCUUCCAGGAAACUAGCCUCCAAAGCCCUUACCAUUGAGAAUCCUGACCCACCAGCGUCACACCUUGACAGAGACUCGGUCUCAGCAAUUAGGGUCUCCAGAGCAGGUGUAUGGGAGCAUCCAGUCUUAGUUUCUUAAAGCCAGAAUGGUGCCAUCAGUGCCCCCACACCUCUGUGCAGAUGUGGCCCCUUCCCUGUCUGGCAGAGAGGCUCGGGUUUGCAGCAUGCUGCCACCCGCCAUUCCAAGUCCCGUCCCCUUCCUCCCCGGCUUUGGGAUACGAUUUGGGACGGUGGAUUUGCAGGAAAAUGAGUGAUUGACUCUACAAAAUUGUUAUACAGAGAGACUGGUGGGGAGGAGAGGGGAGGCCAUCUCAGAAAACCGCAUGACUGCCGAACACCUGAGUCAAGCCUCCAGGACCCCACGCCGCAAGGGCCAGAAGCCGCCUCAUCUCUCACAAAACUUCAAGGAAGCAGGCAGGAUGUUUUGUGCGAGGAUUCUCCUCUAGGCUACUGUCAAGGUAUGCGGGACAUUUUGGGAGGCUGAGAAAGGACCCCCACUCUGCUGCCUCCUGAAGUGAGGGGCUCGCACAGGCUGGACACAUGGCGGCAUUUGGCUUUUGGACCAUUCUCAACAAAAAGACUGGUGUUGUGCACACAGAGACAUAAAAUCGAGGUGCUUGGUUUCACAGUAAAUGUUUUUCAUGAGAAAGCUGUGCAUCUGGGAUUUCUCCACACUGUUCAGCCCCACCGUGGGUCUCCUGGCCUCGUGAGUCAGGCAUAGUCCAUAACUGCACGCACCUGCUGUCACUUUGCAUGAAAUAAGUUAUGACGUGGAGUAACAUGUCUCAGCUAAUUCAAGGGCUCACAGUUACUGUCUUCUUCUAUCUGCUCCUGGGGUGGGGGUGGGGACAGGGAGUCACUGGAGAGAAAACUGGCUUCACUACCACUGACUGCACUUCCUAAUUGCCCCGCUGUCUUGAAAAACCACCACUUCUCUCUUUCGCCCGGCAGCUGUCUGGGGUGAGCACUGUUCAAUACUUACUGAGUAGCCACAUCCAAAUAAACGGUGUUCAUACAGUAACA